UCCAACUCAAAAGUUUCGAGUGAAGUUGAGUGGGACGCCGUGAUUUGCGAUGCGCUCCGCGCUGAUUUCUCCUCCUUCCCUCAGGAUUUUACGCACUUUUACACAUGAGUAAAGGAGGUACAGGCAGUAAAGUUGCAGUAAAGCCGCUCGGACAGCUUGUUUGUACACAUUAAAUAGUGUGCUUGUGGCGGGGGGGAAGAGAUACAUGAUAGCAGGCGGGGGACUGGGAACCCAGCCCUGCGUGCACUGCCAUUGCGCGUCUCCGACGCUCAACUUUUUAACUUUUUCCUCUAGGAUUGAGCAGGACAUCGGGGCAGGAGCAGGCCGAAUCGUUCCUUCAUAACGUUUUCCUCCAGGUUGUCGCGUCGGGAGAAGUUCGCCGAGUUGUUUUUUCGUCGGCGGUGUUUUAGCUGUGCGUGGAGACAUGGAUCCGAGCCAGCACAACCCGCCCGCGGGCCACCAAAUCGUGCACGUCCGCGGGGACUCGGAGACAGACUUGGAGGCGCUCUUCAACGCCGUCAUGAACCCCAAGAACGCCAUCGUGCCCCACUCGGUGCCCAUGAGGAUGAGGAAGCUGCCCGACUCGUUCUUCAAGCCCCCUGAGCCCAAGUCCCACUCCAGACAGGCAAGCACAGACGCAGGAACAGCUGGGUCGCUCACCCCUCAGCAUGUCCGGGCCCACUCCUCGCCUGCUUCCCUGCAGCUCGGUGCUGUGUCCCCUGCCUCAAUGGCCAGCAUGACUCCGCCUGGGGGGCCCCCGCAACACCUCCGCCAAUCGUCCUACGAGAUCCCUGAUGACGUGCCCCUUCCGCCUGGCUGGGAGAUGGCCAAGACCUCCUCUGGACAGAGAUACUUUCUCAACCACCUGGAGCAGUCAACCACCUGGCAGGACCCCCGUAAAACAAUGCUGCAGAUGAACACCUCUCCGAACAGCUCCGUGUCCGUGCAGCAGGGCAUCAUGGGCACAGCAUCGGGUCCUCUGCCUGAAGGCUGGGAGCAGGCUGUUACUACAGAUGGAGAAAUUUACUACAUUAAUCACAAGAACAAGACGACCUCCUGGCUCGACCCGCGCCUUGACCCGCGCUACGCCCUGAACCAGCAGCGGAUCGGCCAGAGUGCUACAGUGAAACAGGCCCCGGCACUGCCCUCCAGCCCCCAGGGUGGUGUCAUGGGUGGAGGUGGCAGCCAGCUGCGGCUCCAGCAGCUGCAAAUGGAGAAGGAGAGGGUGCGGCUGAAGCAACAGGAGCUGCUGCGGCAGAGGCCCCAGGAGCUGCCUCUCCGCACCCAGGUGCCCACCAGCAUGGAGCAGGACGGAAGCACUCAGAACAACAUCUCCUCACCAGGCGUGGCCCAAGACGUCAGGACCAUGACAAGCAACAGCUCUGAUCCGUUCCUCAACAGCGGGACCUACCACUCGCGGGACGAGAGCACCGAUAGCGGCCUGAGCAUGAGCAGCUACAGCGUGCCUCGCACCCCUGACGACUUCCUCAACAGCGUGGACGAAAUGGACACAGGGGACCCCCUGGGGCCUGCCUCCAUGGCGACACAACCCAGCCGUUUCCCCGACUACCUGGAUACCAUCCCUGGCACCAACGUGGACCUGGGUACCCUGGAGAGUGACAGCAUGGCCGUCGAGGGUGAGGAGCUGAUGCCGAGCCUGCAGGAGGCGCUGAGCUCUGAGAUCCUCAAUGACAUGGAGUCGGUGCUGGCCGCCACCAAGAUCGACAAGGAGAGCUUCCUCACCUGGUUGUAGGGGAAGUGGGAUAGGCCUCCCUCCCUCUACUCUUCACACUACAAACUGCCACCAAGUCCAGCCUGUGAAGGAUGAUGAGGCUUCUUUCUCUUUUUUUUUUUUUAUUUUUUUUUUACAUUUCAGUUGUUUUUGGGACUUUUCAAAAUUCCGCAUUUGUGCACAAACAAAUUGCAGAUGGCCUCGCUCUAUGUGUUUGGUUUAGCGUUCAGCGUGUCCUUGAGCCUGGCCCUAGAAAUCGACAAUAUUUUGAGGGUCCCUGGGUCCCGUCGCCUCAGGAUUUCCCCGCUGAGGCCUACGCAAGUUCUCCUCCAGUCUCUCAAUGGUGUACACACUCCACAGCGGAGGUGUGACCCGCUGCCUCGACUGCCUCCGCUCUCACCACACAAGCGAACAAUCACAUUUGUCAGGGGGACUGUUUAAUCCUCAAAUAGCCUUUUUUUUUUUUUUUUCGUCAAUUGUUUCUAUUUGUUUUUUGUGAGCCUGAGAAACCAAAAGUGAGGUGUGUGUGCAGUGGUUGUAAGGACUCUUGUCAGCAGGGAUUUGGAGUCGAGGUGUGGUUUGGUUCGAUGCCCCUGCAUUGGGUCAGGCGCUAGAGGGAUGUAUGUCUCGGGCUCUGGGUAGGAUUGAUGCGUCUCAGUGCUGCUGCCUGGCUGUGCCAGCCAGUUAAAGUUGAACCUUGUCUAACAAAGUGCCUUCAGUUGUACUUCGAGAGAGAAACACUACACAACAGUACACAACACUACACUAUUUUGCCUCGAUAUGAGUAUGUUUUGUCAAACAAAAUCCAAUUUAAACUCCUGUACCUACACUCAUGUACAAUAAUCAGAAGUAUGCGUAUGUUUUAAAGAAGUGUUUUACAAGCAUAUGUUUUAAUGGGAAUUGGGGAGUUUUUUUAAAUAACCCCAUCUUUAUAUUUCUCUUAAGUCUGAUCGCAUUGUCCAGUUUUAAUUGUCCAACCUCUGUCUUGUUCCUUAUGUCCCUUCAGCACCUCACUGCCACUGAUAAUCUGAAAUAGUAGCUGUUUCAUUUGCCAUCAGUGGCCCUUUUUUGACAAGCGGACAUGAGGCUGAAAUGGGUGUUCCCAGUAUGCCAGCGACUUCAGUCAGUCUCCACACAUGUUGCAAUUGUUGCAGAUACGCCAAGUAGGACUGAGUUUCAAUGCCAUGGUUUAAAAAAAAAAAAAAAAAAAACGUAGGUGGUUCCAACAUGUUCUAGCAGGUGAGGCGAUAGGGGUUACAGAGCUUAGAAGAGAGGAGUAGGGUAUAGAUGGGAUUUGAUUGAUCGUGACUCAAGCAUGUUUCAACAGUAGGGACUUUUAAUGGAAAACACACUCAUUGCAGUUGACUUUUUGGUCAUGGCCUCCAAAGAGUAUUACACUGUUCUUUUCCCAUAGGUCCCGGCCAGUAGGUGGUGCUGUGGUUGUGGAAACGCAACUGAUAUUGCAUGAUCAAAUGAUACUUUCGGUUCAGCUG